UAUAAGAGCUGAUCGCUGCAUAAUCAGACUCUGUAUUCAUUUUUAAUGUUAAUUAAGCUCACACACGUUAGACGAUGACAACCACCUAUGUAUCUGAGCCUGGCCGGAACACUUCGGCUGUGGACGCGGAGGAUUACAGCGCUUAUGCAAACAUGUCUGAGGAGCAGCUUAUACAGUUAGCUAUCGAGCGAAGUCUAGCUGAUACGAAUCCGACGCUGCAUCAGAGCUGUCAACGUCGCUCUCCUGCCCAUUCGCCAGCUCAGCCUACCCGUCUACAGCGGCCUCGUGUCUCUCCUUCUGCAAAUUCACCUGCUAACCCUCCACCCAGCCUGUCUGCUAACCCACCACGCAACCAGUCGACAGACUCCCCAAGAGACGCUCAGAGCCAUUACUUCAGCAAAGAGAAGAAUCAGGUGAUCGCAUGGACAAGACACAACGGACACCUGCGAGUUACUGUGGAGUCUAUAGAGGAUUUAGACCCUCUUUUUUCAGCUGUCUGGAAGGGUGAUGCCAAGGCGUUAGGAGAGGUAAUAAAAUCCAAAUCCAGAAACAUCACUCAAGCAAACCAAGAGGGUUGGAUUCCCCUGCAUGAGGCUGCAUACUACGGCCAAGUCGAGUGUCUAAAAAUUUUGCUCAAAGCUGAUCCAGACACCAUUAACAGACGCACACUCAAGAACCAGACUCCACUAAUUCUGGCUGUGGGCCGCAGACAUACUGCUUGUGUCCGUUACCUCCUGGAGAAGGGUGCAGAUCCCAACCUCGCAAACAACCAGUGGGAGACUCCGCUGUACAAAGCUUGUGAAAAGGGCGGUGAAGAAGUUGUGGGUCUUCUCAUAAGAUAUGGAGCAUCGACAACCAAGUCGUCAGUGCAGGGUGCAACACCACUGCAUGAAGCAGUGAUGAACAAGAACCUGGAGAUCUGCAAAAUGCUUGUGCAGGCAGGGGCGCAGCUAAUGAAGAGAAACAUGUAUGGAAUAGACCCCUUAUUUACAGCAGCUCAGUGUGGUACUGCUGAAAUUCUGAGCUUCCUGCUUAUGAAAGGAGCCGAGGUAAACACUCAGGCUAACGAUGGAGCCUCAGCUUUGUUGGAAGCCUGUAAGAAUGGUCAUGGUGAAGUUGUGGAGAUGAUGUUGUCAAGAGGAGCUGAUGUUAACAAGUGUAAUAAAGCUGGACUGCUUCCUAUUCACCUUGCUGCCAAAAACGGACAUGAUGGAAUUGUUGCCAUGCUCAUUCCAAAAACGAGCAGGGCCAAAAUAAGAAGCUGUGGGAUCAGCCCUCUGCAUCUUGCAGCAGAACAAAACAGAGAUGAUGUUCUCGAGACCCUGAUAGAGAGCUGCUUCGACGUCAAUGCCAUGCUUUCAGAGGAUUGGUCCAAUAUGUACGAGGACCAUCGCAAGACGGCGCUGUACAGUGCGGUGGCCAACAGUAACCUGGAGGCAGCCACCAUGCUCCUGGAAGCCGGUGCUAACCAAAAUCUUGACACGUUUAACCCGCUGCUUGUUGCUGUCAGAAAGGGAUGCAUGGAAAUGGUCAAGCUGCUGGUCGAACACGGUGCUGACGUUAACGCCGUUCUGCCGACGCAUCCUACCAACUUCCCAGCUGCACUGAUUUUCUGCAUUAAUUACCUCCCUCUGUUUAAAUUCCUGAUGGACAGUGGUUGUGACGCCAUGUCCUGUUUUAAGUGUGAUUACGGCAGCAAUCCUCACCCGCCCAUCAAAUCUAGCGCAAACUGGAGGGAGGGAAUAUAUUGCAUCAGUGAUGAAAAUGCCCAAGAAUGGGUACAGUUUUGUGAGAUGAUCUCUGGCUUGUCAGCCAGCUGUUGGGUUGGACCGGUCGUAGAUAUACUGCUGAACUACGUGGGUCAUGUGAAGCUCUGUUCCCGACUCGUUGACCACUUAGACAGUUACAGUGACUGGGUCCACAUUAAAGAGAGAGCAAUGCUUCCUUGCUCUCUGAUGCAACUCUGCAGACUGAAGAUACGUCAGCAGCUGGGAGUCCAGAGACUCAGACACCUUGCAAGCCUUCCUCUUCCUAAAAGACUGAUCAAGUAUUUAAAGCAUGAGCGUGAAUCAUUUAAGGACAUUCUUAAUUCUUAAUUACAUUCAAGUAUCAUGUAAAAUGAUUUAAUGAUGCAAAUUGUAAUAUACACUACACAUCCAAAAGUAUUUGGACACCUGACCAUGAGCUUGAGGUAUGGUAUUAAAAUACCAUUAUAAUAUAUAGUACCAAACGUCAUUCUUCUGAGAAGGCUUCAUACAAGACUUUGAAGUAUGUCUGUAGGAAUUUGUGCCCAUUCAGUCAAAAGAGUGUUUGCUUGGCUGGACACUGACGUCGGUCAAAAAAGUCAGCUGAUGUUCCAGUUCAUUCCAGAGCUGUUGAGUGGGGCUGAGCUCAGGGCUCUGUGCGGGACACUGGAUGUCUUUAUAUGCCUUGCUUUUUGCACAGGGCCGCAGUAAUGCUAGGCUUUCUGUAAACUGUUGCUGCAAAGUUGGAAUCAUUUAUUUUAUUUCAUUCUUUUCUUUCAGUUUCGGCUAGUCGUUUAGCAAUGGGAUGUGCCAUGUUUGCAUUUGUAAACAGAAAACAUGGGAAUGAGUGAAGGGCUUGUGGGGAAUGUCUACUGAAUGAAAGACGAAAUGUAAAUGGGUGCUGUUUUUCUCUUGGGGUGCACUUGUUUUGAUUACACUGUAAUAACAGCAGUGUUUAGUGAUAACAGCAGUAUUUACCAGAUGUUUAGUAUUAUUACACUUCUCUAGAUUAUUUGUAAGAAGAAAGUUUGAUGGGAUAAAUGUACGUAGUUUUUGAACAUAGCAGGAAUGGCCAAAAUGAUUUACUUUAUUUAAGCAUUAAAAUGUACAAAAUUUGUUUUUUUGUGGAGUAGGUGAAAGCUCAUGGAACUAUUUGUUUAUAAUAGUAAGUGUUUUAACCUUGUAUAAAAUGCUUCAGCAAAAUAAAGAUGAUGUUUGCAGAGUCA